AUGACAACCACUCGUCGAUUAAUGACAACGCAAACUGAUUAUGUGGCCUUUCAAAAAUUCAUAAAUAACAAAAUCAAUAAACAAUUACCUGGUGUAAUAUUUAUUAAUGGAUUUCAUUCAGAAAUGCAAAACUCUCGGAAAAUUAAUCAUUUAACAAAAUUUUGUCAAGAUUUUGGUUUAGAUUUUUUAACAUUUGAUCAUUACGCUCAUGGAUUAUCUACUGGUUCAUUUUUAAACGAUCUUGAUGGUCAUGUUACUAUAGGAAAAUGGUUUAAUGAUUUAUGUUUACUUAUGAAACAAGAAACUUGUGGUCCUCAAAUUUUAGUUGGUUCUAGUAUGGGUGCUUGGUUAGCUUUAUUAGUAUUAUUAAAAAGAAAUGAUUUAAGAAAUAGAAUAAAUGGAAUUAUUGGUGUAGCUUCUUCAAUUAACUUCACUGAAAAAAUUUGGAAAGAAGUUGAAGACCUUGGACUAUUGACAAAUUUGUCAAAAUAUACUCCUACAGAGAUCAUAUAUAAUCGACCAUCAAAAUAUUCCAAAUCUGGAAGUUAUCCGAUUUCAUUACAUUUUCUUCAAGAAUCUCAAAAACAUUAUUUGAAUAAGGAAAUUAUAGAUGUUAAGAAUAUUUCAUGUCCCAUUACAUUUAUACAUGGACAAAAUGAUAAUGAUGUCUCAUUUAAUGAUACUUUAAAAUGGGCAAGAAUGUUGUCCCCUGAUGAAAAUGCAAGAGAAAAUUGUAAGGUUGUGUUGGUACCUGAUGGUGAUCACAGAUUGUCAAGAGAACAAGAUUUGAAAAUUUUGGAGGAUGAAGUUGCUAAAAUGUGCUUUAGAAAUAAUUCAUGA